AUGACGCCUUGGAUUCUCGGAGAACGCUUUAACACCGUCUACCCGCAUCAGGGCUCGAUCAAGGCUCUGUGGGAGACUAAGUGGAAGUUCUGCUGCCAGAAAUCAAUCUACCCAUUCCACGAUGGAUCGUUCGAGGACUUCGAGCCUAUAUUUGAGAAGUUGAUUGCUCAAAACAUCAACGACGCCUUUUCGGACGCCUACACCAACACUUUCCUGCCCAUCGCCGAGUCUCUCGAGAGACAAGCCGCCGAAGCCCUCGACUCCGGCCACGCAGACCGCGCCUCAGACCUGUACCGCCGCGCGGCGGUCGUCCUCCGCAUCUCGCGCUUCCCCUACGUUAGCCACGCGAGCCGCUCAGAGACCUCGGUCAAGCGGCUGGCCUAUGAGCGCCAGAAGAACGCGUAUCUGAAGGCAGCCUCGCUAUGGAAGCCCGCUCUAGAGGAAGAGCUCAUCCUGCACAAGCACGCCUCCGGCUCAGAUGGAUCCCAGAUCCCACUGUACAUCCGCCUGCCGGAGGACGCUUCAGCGUCUAACCGCGUCCCCGUCGUCCUGAUCAUGACCGGCCUGGACGGCUACCGACCGGACAACAGCCAGCGCACUCACGAGAUCAUCGCCCGCGGCUGGGCGGUCGUAAUCGUUGAGAUCCCCGGCACCGCGGAUAGUCCGGCGGACCCUACGGACCCCGAGUCGCCGGACCGCCUGUGGUCCAGCGUCCUGGAUUACAUGGAGACCCGACCGGAGCUCGACAUGAGCCAUGUUGCAGUGUGGGGGUUGAGUGCCGGUGGCUUCUAUGCGAUCCGCGCAGCGUGCACGCACCGUGAGCGCCUGGUUGGGUGUGUGGCGCAUGGCCCUGGUUCGCAUCAUUUCCUGGGCAAGGAGUGGCUGAGCCGGGUCAACGACCAUGAGUAUCCUUUUACUAUCACCGACUGCUGGGCGGAAAAGUACGGCUACGCCAGCACGAAGGAGUUCGAGGAGAACGCGCAGAAGAAGUUUUCCCUGAUUGAAACGGGUGUCAUGGAUCAGCCUAACUGCCGGCUGCUGUUGCUCAAUGGUGUUGAUGACGGCGUGGUGCCUAUCGAAGACUCGCUGAUCCUCUUCAACCACGGUGGUCCCAAGGAGGGCCGCUUCUUUGAGGGAUUGAUGCACAUGGGAUACCCGAACAGCCUGCCGGUGGCAUACAAGUGGUUUGAGGAGGUGCUGUCACCGAACAAGACGGAGGUGAAGAACUAG